GUAUGACUUUGGGUGUAAAUGAAUGCAAGAAAUGAGAGCUGUGGUUCGGUACUCUGUUUUCACACUCCUCAUGGGGCUUUGGGCUGUUGGACAAAAGACAGAACCCCGCCUGAAGGACCUGUUCCGAGGGUCCGAUCACUAUGACUUUGCCAUUGUAGUGCCAGCCUCAGGGCUAGAGUGCUUCUGGCACUUUGCACACCAGAGUGGGAACUUCUACCUAACUUACUUGGUCCAGUGGAUGACAGGGUUAGCAACUGACCACCAUCUUUACGUUACCGUCAUUUCCCCAGAAGGGAAACUCAUGGCAUCAGUAGAGGACACCGUGGGUCUAAUCAGCUUUGAAACCAAAGCGACAGGUUUUUAUCAGUUGUGUUUGGGAAACUAUAAGAACCACUUUGGCGGCGUACGUGUCUUUGUCAACUUUGGCGUUUACUAUGAGGGCGCUGAGGAGAUGCGGCGACAGGCAAAGGAAGGAGAAAAAGUCCUAAACAACACACUGUCCAACAUUGAGGCGAGUAUCAACAAGAUACAAAACCAGGUGGUACAGAUGUGGCGUCACUACAGCUACGCCCGCAUGAGGAGAGGUGCGGACCACUACCUCCUCCUCUCCAACUCCAACUACGUCACCUGGUGGUCGGCGGCCCAGAGUGUGGUCAUCGUCGUGGCUGGUUACCUGCAGCUGUUCUUCCUCAAGAGGCUCUUCCACACCAACGCCAGUAGACCCCGCUGUUGAUUAAUAAUUGUUUGGCAUUGAAGGACAUUUUAUAAAAACGUUGUUCCCAUUUAA